UGUAUCAAGCUGUGGGUGCUCUCUGUUCAAUCUCUACUAUCUGUUGCCCCGUUGUGUGAGUGCGUGAUAUUCUGGUGAUACAUAUUCAAUAACUGAAGUAUUCACAUAGCUCAAGUAUACAGCUCACUGUUUGAUUAACCGAAUCCCACACUUUCCUUGAGCGAUGAGCCUCCCAUCAUCUCGCUAGACUCUACUGCAACCGUCGCUAUGACCCUUCUACCCCUCAUCAGUUGGUGGUAACGACGGUCAAAUCCAGUGGACAGCGGUCAUCUUGACCACAGUGAACUUUUUUGUUUUUCAACGCACAACUUUUGAUACACAGACACAAACACCUUGACUUAUGUGAACGUGUUGAGGUCACGUUAACCUUGACCUUGGAUCGGCCUUGACCUUGAUGUAGUUGAAAGAGAGGCCACAACUCACCGGGACAAGCAAGAUGUUGCUCUGCUGGUCUGCCAUAGUCGCGUCGUGUAUACUCAGUCUAACUAGGGGCGCCAUCGUCCGCACGUUCAGAUGCCUUCACAGCGUGGAGGAGGUGGGCGGAGUCCGCUACAACAUCAGCAUCAACAAGAAGGACUGCCCAAAACAGAGCUUCCAGCCCAGCGAGGAGCGGUGUUGCCAGAUUGGCCUGCGUGUGGCCAAAAAGAAAAUGUCCUGCGACAUCACCAUGCUGGCCCUCCUGCGCAAGUACGAGAGGGACAACGAGUCCGCCAACCGGCCAGUCAAGCUGAAAAAACGCGGACGUCUAGACAAACUCUCCGACAAAAUCUCCAGGUGCUCAGCCAAAUUCCCAAAACAUUUCAACAAAUGCUGCACCAAAAAACAGGACUUUAUCAAGCACAUGAAAGCCUGUGGGUUCAAACCCCCGCAGCAGAGGUGGAAGUGUAAGCAGAUGAUCAGGAAAAAGUAUUCCUCGACAAGCUGAAUAAAGGAUGUGCCGUCCCAUUGCGCUGUUAGUCUGAACGACGGCAUCAGCAUGGGAAAUAACCCACACACGAUAAUUUUUCAUACGAAAUUUUGUGAGACUCGACGAUAAGCUGAUGAAUUUUGAUCAAUCUAAAUUAUUUUUGUCGUUUUUAGUUAAGACUUUUAAAAAAGGCAUAUUUUUAAUUUAUUUUUAUUAAUUUUUUUUAAACGAAAGGUUUACAAUUUUAAUGUACGCGUUUGAUCCAUUGGGUAUUAGAGUAGUAAUCUGCUACUUGUAUAAAUAUGAUAGCCUGUUCAUUUUAUUCUCAGUUAUGGGAAUUUAGUAGAUUUUUAAAAAAAUAUUUUAAAUAAUUACAUUAGGGGAGAGAUAGUUUGAACUCAAAUUAUAGUCUUUUUGUUUUUGUUUGUUAAAUACAUUUUUAAAAAUUAAAUCGUAGUAAAGCUCGUUAUGUCUAAUGAAACACAAAAAUCUGAGAACAUUGUAAUUUUUCUUUGCUUGUAAUUAUGUGUACUUGUAUAUUAAACGAUUGGAUGUUUAGUUUUAACAGAAAAAGAUGUACAUGUUCUUAAAAUAUUUUCAAGAUGUACAAAUGUCCAAUGCUGCGGUUUUUUACGGGUGAGAAUUGAGUGUACAAAAUAUUUUGUUCUUUACGGGUCUACAAAUACAAGGUUGUUUCGUUUCUUUUUUUUUUAUUUUGAAACAUUUCAAACCCAAUGUAUCUACUUUAUCCUCUAGAAAAAUAUAGAAAACUUUAUUGCCCCGUU